AUGAAGGAGCAGCUUGGGAGGGAUUAUGAGUUUAAAUUGGGGAUGGAAUUUAAUUCAUUGGUUGAUUUCAAAGAUGCCAUAAUUGAAUGGUCAGUUUUGAAUGGGAGGGAAAUUACCUUUGUGAAGAAUGAAAGAGAUCGGGUAAGGGUAGAAUGUAAGGGCAAAUGUGGGUUUUUGGCUCUAUGUUCCAAAGUGGGUUCCAGCAAGACAUAUCAAAUUAAAACAUGGGUGGGGACCCACAGUUGUGCUAGGGUUUUAAACAAUAGGUGUGCUAAGUCCAAGUGGGUAGCAAAGUAUGUUGUAAACAAGAUGCAGUCAAGUGAGAAAGUGAAGAUAGCUGAUAUCAUUCAAGACAUUAGGAAGACAUAUUCAGUAGGGAUUACCCCAAGUAGGGCAUGGAAGGCAAAGGAGAUUGCAAAAGGAAUUGUUGAGGGGGAUGCUGUUAGACAAUAUGCAAUGGUUUGGAGGUAUGCUGCAGAAUUAAAAAGAGCAUGUGCAGGAAACGCAGUGAAGAUCAAUGUAGAAAGACCCAUUCCAUCUAUUCAGCCAAGAUUUGGGGCUUUCUAUUUCUGUUUGGAUGGCUGUAAAAGGGGUUUCAUUCAAGGCUGCAGACCAUUUAUUGGUGUGGAUGGAUGUCACUUGAAAACUGAUUUUGGGGGUCAAUUGUUGAUAGCAGUGGGUAGGGAUCCAAAUGACCAGUAUUUUCCACUGGCAUUUGGGGUUGUUGAGACUGAGACCAAAGAAAGCUGGAGGUGGUUCUUACAAAUGUUGAUGGAGGACAUUGGUCAAGAUAGAAAAUAUGUCUUCAUCUCAGACCAACAAAAGGGUUUGGUAAGUGUUUUUGAAGCAAUGUUUGAAAGAAUUGAACACAGGUUAUGUCUUAGACAUCUGUAUGCAAAUUUCAAGAAGAAAUUUGGUGGAGGUACUCUGAUUAGAGACCUAAUGAUGGGGGCAACUAAGGCAACCUAUUAUCAUGCUUGGGAAGAGAAGAUGGCUGAACUAAAGAAAGUUGAUCCAAAAGCUUGUGAAUGGCUGAUGAAGGUGCCUACAAAGGCAUGGUGUAAGCAUGCCUUUAACAUUUACCCUAAAUGUGAUGUGUUAAUGAAUAACAUUUCUGAAUCCUUUAAUGCAACAAUACUAUGUGCUAGAGAUAAGCCAAUUUUAACUACGUGUGAAUGGAUUAGGAGCUAUCUCAUGAAUAGGAUUUCAUCUACUGUUACUAAGCUAGAAAAGUUGGCACAUAGGAUUAUGCCUAUUCCUAGGAAGAGACUAGAUAAGGACGUAUUUAUGAGUGGACAGUGGAAUCCAAAUUGGCAUGCUUGUGCAGCAUUGGCCUAUAGGCAAUUUAAACCUGAAGACUAUGUGGAUAAUUGGUAUUCUAGGGAGAAAUAUGGAGAGGCAUAUAGUGUUGCAAUUAGCCCAAUUAAUGGGAUGGAUAUGUGGCCACCAGUUGAAGCAGAUGACUUACUUCCUCCAUUGUAUAAGAAAGGACCUGGUAGGCCUAAGAAGCUUCGAUUCAGGGAGCUUGGUGAAGGAGGUACAAGAAUGAGGAGGGUUGGAGUAACAUAUAGGUGUACAAAGUGUGACAAAAUUGGUCAUAACUCAAGAAAGUGUAAGGCUACAAGUCAAAAUCCGGCUGCCUUGAAAAGAAAGAGGAAGGCUCCUAGGAAGAAACCUGCAGUCAACAAUGAUGUUGAGGUUGCAGACCCUGUUGAUGAAGAAGUUGCAGACCCUGUUGAUGAUGAGGUUGCAGACCCUGUUGAAGAAGUUGCAGACCCUGUUGAUGAAGAAGUUGCAGACCCUGUUGCAGAACCUACAGUCAACAAUGAUGCUGAUCAAAUGGAGGAAGAAGGACCUGUCGUAGAGAAAGAUGAGAUGCCAAAUGAAGCCCAAGGUCCACGAAUAAUCACUACUGCUGCCCCAAAGGUGGUCAAGAAGCUCAAGAUCAAGAAAAAAUUGAUUCUUGCUGGACAGAAGAGAUCAAGUAGCAGGCUGAGGGUGCUGAAAACUUUGACUCAACAGGGACCUGGAAGUAGUGAUAACCCUCUUGUCAUUCAAGAGGAUGAACAGGGUACAUUGACUCAGGAGCAUAUUGAAGUUGGCUCAGACCCAAAGCUAGGGACUUGUCUAAGGGCUAUGAAGUCUUGGAGUGAUAUCUCUAAAAAAUAG